GUCCACAGACCGACUGAGUUCCGAGGAUGAAGAGCUGCUUUAAUCAACACUAGCUGCUCUGUGAUUGGCUAAUCUCUGACAUCAGUAUCGAGAUGGCCCACCUCUUCCUCGCCAGUAAGAUCACUAUGCCGGACGACCUCCACAGCAAAGGCGGUGCCCGGAUCCCCAGGAACGCCGUGAGGGGGCCGACCUCGAUCUCAGCCGAGAAGCUGAGCCGGGAAAAGGCUAGGAAGGAGCGUGGCGCCGUCGUGACUACGCGGGUCCCACACGUCAACGAGGUCCAGCUGACGGCGGCCACCGGAGGCGCAGAGAUGUCCUGCUACCGCUGCACUGUGCCGUUCGGCGUGGUCGUCCUCAUCGCCGGUGUCGUGGUCACAGCGGUGGCGUACACCUUCAACUCCCACGGGUCCACCAUCUCGGUGCUGGGACUGGUGCUGCUGUCUGCUGGACUGGGCCUGCUGGGGUCCAGCGCCGUCUGCUGGAGGGUCCGACUGAGGAAGAAGAAGGACAAGCGGAGGGAGAGCCAGACUGCCCUCAUGGCCAGCCAGGGGUACUGUGUGGCCUGAUCGCCGCCAUCUGGGAGUUUAAGUUCAAGUCUUGUGGUUCAGUUGAUUAACUUCAGUGACACCUAAACGGUUUAACAGGGACAAGAAGUGGUGAACCUGUACUCGCUGAAGGCGGUAAGGACUCUGCAGAUGCCUCAAAGGAUGAGAGGCUGUGAGGGUUUAUGAUGUGUUCACACCAUUUCUUCCAGGGUUGAUGGCCGAAAAAAAUGGCAUAGUUGAUAUCACUUUCCAUGGAGAUAAGCAACUCAUCCUCUCCGGUGCGUCUAGCUUGAAUUGCGCGAAUCCCGCAAUCAAACCCCCGCGGCACGAAUAAACGCUUUUUGCGUUUGGUGUGAACGCAGCAUUAGAAUUGACGAGUAUUUGGACAAACGGCAGAAGAUAAAUGAUUAUGGAGGCUUUAAACUGCAGACUGGACGAGCUGGACGAUGGAUGUGGGCUGAACUUUGUUUUAUGAAGAUGACGAGGUUAAUAAUUGAUUCUUCAGACAUUUUAUGGACUCAACGAACUGAUUCAUCAAAUAUCUACAUAAUCGAUGAUGUACAUAUUCUGUACAAAUAAGCUAUUAAAGACAAGGUACUCUAAUGUUUCUUCAUCUCUGAUGAACUCCAUCUGUGAGCUCAGCAGUCUGAACUUUCCCUCUGUGAUAUCGCUUUUCUUCUGAGAGAAACCAUUUCUCAUCAUCUGCAAACAUGCGAUCUUUUGAGAUGAAAACCUUUAAUGAUAAACUCAUUGCAGAAUAAUAGUUUCAAAAUAUGAAACGUAGGAGUAACGUUGUUCGAGUAACGAGUUCAUCUCUGAUAUGCAUGCCACUUUGUAUGUUUAAACUUUAGUGCACUAUGAUCCAAAUGUAUUCCACCAUAUUAAAAGGUUCCCAUGUAACUGUUUAACUGUUUAACUGAUGGUUAAUCUUUUAAGUUUUAUUUAUUCUGUGUCAUUAGACGUGUUUGUUCUAUUAAACUCAAGAGUAAAGUGCCAACACCAGACUUCUGUUUAAUUAGAGACUCACUGAGGAUUUUGUUUUCAGAGCAGGUUGAAG